GGAUGCUGAGGAGAUUAAAAAUAUCUACACUGGGGCCGGAAGCGCAUCGAGAGGACUGGGUUCUCGUGCGCAAUUUGGCCCAUGGAUGAAUCUUCCAUUAGACAUACACUAUCUUCGAGGAAUGUUGCAGGCGACUAGGAUGCUGGGUCUUGGCGAGAUGAGGUCACGAAUGGACAUUCUCGUCAUGGGAGAGCGAAGAACUUGUAUGAUGAGAAGAUCAUACGACAGAGCUCAAGCUAUUAUGUCGGCAGUCGGAGCUAUCGAGUGGUACUACAAAGAUCAUGAGCGGAAUUCUGCUUUGAUCCUGGGCCAGUACCCCGCGGCCUUCAUCGCUGAGGUUCGAAACAAAGCAGGGCACGCCGACUUUUUCAGGUCGAGGACACUGAAUAAACGUGCUCUCGAGAUGAUACGGGAUUGGCAGAACCAUACAGCCUUGGAUAGUUCCAAAUAUGUCCCGAUAGGCAGCUUGCUUCCAUUCAGCAACUCGUCGGUUUAUGAUGUCGUCAUUACUCCUAUCAACUGGCCGAACGAUUCACUUCCCCUCGAGGGACAAUCCGCUUUGUCUGAAUGGAUAAUCAAUGAUGAUGGUUCUGUAUACAUUAAAAAGGCCGCUGUUGUGGUAAACACCAGCCGCCCUCGACCUAUGCCAGAUUGCCACAUCAGGUGCUUCCACCCCAACUUCGGAAAGGGAGGGGGUAAAAUGGGCGAGGAUGUUUCCUUAUGGCAAGGCUCUCUAGCUGGCUGGCUUGAAGAGCAGAAGAAUAUAUCCGGUAAUUCUUACUUGGUGAACUUGAGCCGCCAGAGACUACACAUGAAGGAAAGGAUGGGUUGGAGCUCGUGUCAUGGCGUUAUCCUCAAAGAGCUGAGACCUGGGGUGCUCGUCAAGAUUGGAAUGUAUGCACUGACAGGCCAUGAGCUAUUCACAUGGCCCCCGGCGACGCGUCGAAAUUGGACGGUUCUCUGAUAGAUUCUAGGC